GAACUGAGGUCAGCUGGCACGGCUGGUCGUUUAAGAGGCAGAGGUUGAGAACACUGGGGUUUAAAGGAUUAAAUGUAAACAUUUGAAGGACUUUUGUCAUUUUUGUGCUUUAAGAAAUCUGAAACGUGCGAUCUGAUCCAGUCUAAAUGGUAUUUUUCUGUUUAUUAUUAUCUAAAAGUAAUUGUAAGGCUGAGAGUUUAUUUGGUUAAAAUAAAAAAACAAAAACUGAAAAAAAAUAAGUGACUUAAAAUAGGAUGAUACAAAGAUAAAUUCAUUUUUACUUUAGAGUUCCAGAAUUCCCCACUUCCAGUAAAAAAGUUUGACCUUGAAUGUCAGCGAGGAAUGCAGGUUCAGUGUGUAUCACUGUUGGCCUUCUGUUUUCCUCAGAGGUUUAUUUACUCACCGCCGGGCUUAACAUUAACACGAUAUUAAAAGCUCAUUGUGAGCCUGAGCACAGCUGCAAACAGGCCCACUUGUACAUAUGAAAGACUGUGUAAAACUCUUGACCCGGAUUCUUUCCUCCGUCGAGGAAUAACAAAUCAAUCCAGGCCAUCGGGCUUGGUCCUUGACCAGUGGCGUUUGGAUUCACGCUGUUUGAUAAUGGGCUGUGAAGACUGAGGGCCUAAUUCUCUUUGGCGCCUCACGCCCUCCCGAGGGGUGGUCAUUCACCGUUGCCAGGUGGGGAGGAGUUUUCCUUAAGGAGAUUAGACCACCUCUCAGCCACUGGCGAAGCAGCAGGUUGUAAAGAUCUGUUGGGGAAAAGCGAUUCAGAAUGGCUCUUGAGGGGUGUGAAGGCUUGAUGAAAGCUUUAUUCUUUCAAGGAAACCAGGUCACACACUCAUCUUGGCUCUGAUGGAUUAGUUAAUGGAUUAGCUUCUGGUUGGAAAUAGUUAUUAUUUUUUCCUCGUUUGCAUAACAGUGACAACCCUAAUCAAACACCCAUCUUUCAACCUUAAUAAAUGUUUUAUUCUGAAAGGCAUGAGGAGUGCAAUUAAAGAGCAAGUCACCCCCUGCCAGAUUCUUACUCAACUCCCACUUUCUGUUUGAAAAAUGCAACAAAUGCUGUUGCCUAGCAGACCUAGAGGGCGGAGCCUCUAACAAAUACACACACUCACGACAUUGUGAAAUCAUAAUGUACCAUCUAACAUCAUAGUGUACCUCUUAGCCAAUAGCGAUGGCAGAUUAAAAUUCAAAUGCAGUGCUGAGUUUUUGCCUGACGACGGUGCAUCGCUGACAGUUUUAGGCAGAAUAUUUAAUUUUAACUAAGAUGCACUAAAGUGCAGAAUUAUUGACUACAUUUGUCUACAGCACAAUUGGACACUCAUUUAUUAGUUCAUCAGCAAAAAAAUGGUGAUUUGGAGUGACUUGCUCUUUAACUCAUUCACUGGCAGCCGUUUCCUGAUCACUAACAGCCUUCGCUGCCAGCGUUUCUCACAGUUUUUACUGUUUUUUAAGAGUCACAGAACGUUGCGCGCUAGCAUGAUGUCGAUGCCAAAACAACCAAAACAAAGAGGAGACUCACCUCUUGCAUCAGGAAGAAGCCGCGUGUUUCGAGCGUUAUCCGUUCUUUCAUGAUCCGUUGUCGAAUUGUGAUCGGCAGACGCUUUUCCGGUUCGCGCCUCACUUUUUUUACAGGAACGGCCCAAAACGAUCUCCAAACACAUGGAUGUGUUGCUUCCUGAUCAAGUGACGUGUGACAUAUGCGGAUGAAGAUCGGCUUCAGGGCUGAGAUGUUUGUUCUCUCAGCGCGGGGGCUCGUUCCGAUGCUCAAACAGUAAAAAAAAAAAUGCAAAUGACGACUUUAGUCGUCAAUGGCAGUGAACGGUUGGAUCUAAAAUGACGACUUUAGUCGUCAAUGGCAGUGAAUGAGUUAACCAACUUAGUUUUGAGUUUGGCCCAAAAUGACCACAAAAGCAGCACAACUGACCAAAAUGAUUAGGUGGUGUCCUGCAACACUUCCCAUUGAGUUCUGGUAAAACACAUCUUUUUGGACAUCAGGGCUCCCGUCGCAGCUUUUCUUUACUUUUGUAGCAGCAUGAUUUAUUAAUUUAACUGAGCAGUUAAGUAAAAAAAACAUUAGAUGGCAUUUUCUUGAUUUAUGUGACAUAUUUUAUUUUUGAGCUGCACAAGGUUAGGUUUGAGCAUCGGCAUCAUCAUGUACGUGUCCAUGAUGGUCACUCUCUGAUGUGGGACAACUCGACAUGUUCAACCAGCAAUACUGCGAUUGAUUAAAGCUACCCAUGUGAAAAUGGGGGACAUGACGCAAGACCUAUCGGCCAAUAGUUUUUACCUCAGCAGAGGGUAAAUAUUCACCUAUUGGAUCAGAUAUCGACCAGAAGUUUGGAGACAUGAGGAUGCUAACAGAGGUUAUGAUGACAACCUUGUAAGAAAGAGAUGCUUUAGAAGGAUUUUAACAGUCUAUUAUGUUCAAUAGUGAAUGUAAGACUUGUUGCGGACCAUUUUUUUUGGAGAACAUUAUUUUGUGGAUGCAAAAAGCCAUUUUUGUUUGAGAUGGCUGUUUUCUGCCAACUAUUUGAGGCUUUGAACAAAAGUUGUUCAUGUUGUAAAAUAAAAUAAACUAAGCAUAUGCUUUUUAUUGGUAUUUUGUACCGAUUGUUGUGUGAUGCAAAUAAUUUCUGUCUGAAAGUUUUAGUUUAUUACCACUGAACGGCACGAUUCUGCUAUCUGUUGGGUUAAAUCUGCAAUCUCCUUAAAACGUGAUCUCCGGAUGUGUUUCCCAACUCACUGAGUUAAAUAAUCGAGAUUCCAGUAUCAUGUAGCAAAUGUUUUAUUUUUUUAUUUCCAUGUUGGAGCAGCUCUUUGAUAAGGUUGUGGGAAUAGAGGGAGUGUUUGAUGAGAGUUAUAAUAACAUGAAGAAAAAAACAAAUUCAUCAUGCUGCCUUUGCCGUACCAGCACCGCUUUUCAAAGAUGACCACCACUGGUCAUGUUACAGCAGGCUUCUAGACAAAUGUCCCAAGGUGAGUUUAGCUGUGAUUCAACUUCCUCCAGCUUUAGAUUCAUCAGCGUUUGAUAAAUGAGUCAGAAUGAUUCAGGCAGGAACGGCUGUGUGUAGGUCGACUCCCGAGCAGGCAGAGGCAUGUUUUGUCAGUGGGAUGUUCUGUCAAUAGUCCGUUCUCUUUUACGUAACUGUUCUGCUCGCUUUAUUCUUUAGGAAAAAUCGUUGGAAGUUAAAGAAAAAGAACUAGCUAGGAUGACGGCUCUCUUUAAGACUAGCUUCUGCUGAAUGGGAUGUUGGUUUUCUUUGGUUGUAUGGUUUUUUUCUUUAAGUUUAUUUAGCCUUCAGAGAAGAAUUUGCAUGCUAGACAUAAAACAGCCGGUGCUGCUUCUUUGGACCUUAUUUGCUUAGAAAACUCAAGGCCUCGAGCCAGAUGGUGUGGCACGGAGGGAAAUGUAUCAGUAGCUUUGGUUAUCAAGAGCUAAUUCAGGAAUAAGGGAUCCAGGUGUGUCUCUUGGCAGACUCAUUGUCCUAUUCCAGUUAGUCACAGCAAUAUGAGGAGUUGGAAAGGUGAUCAGAAACAAAAGCGGUCUAAAGAUCUUCCUGAGUCAUCAGUUUAUUGGAAAACUUAUCAGCUUUACCAGGAGGUAUGGAAGGAUUACUACAUUAAGACCUGUAGGAAUGCAUCACAUUACUGGAUUAGGUUGAAGCAAGUGUUGUAAAAGUUAAAAUUCUGCUUGGCAACGAUUUCAGUCUUGUCUUGAUGCUGAAAUUCUUUCAUAAGACAGUUUGGAACCUGCAGAAUAAUUGUGAGUUGGCUUUUAUCACCUUUUUCUGUAUCACAGUCAUGCAAUGCACCAUACAUGGAACCAUCAUGAGCUUUCUGUGCUGCACGACGCACAUAGGUGGCGACUUUACAUGUGGAAGGAAAGAAAACUUGUGUUUGUCUUGGGUAGAAUUUGCAUGUUUAUUUGCAUAGAAGCUGGUUUGCAUGAACUUAUCAGAAGACAAAGCAUCGCAUCAUCUCGGGGUUUCGCAACAAGCAGCAAACAUAGUUAAGUUUUAGCUGGAAUCAGCUCAUCGGUAUACGCCACAUCUUGUCAGUAGCGGUUAUUGUUUGUUUUAUAAGAUACGUCUGUCAUUAACUAAGAAUGCAAAAGUACUUUUAGCAGAAGCCAGAGAAUUUGCUAUAAAGGAGUUCUUUGUGUUCAUCACACCAACAACUUCAGACAGAGACCGUCCCUGUCCUGCGUGUAACAGCGGCCUUUUUCUAAACUUAAUAACCAGGUGCUGUGCUGUUCAUAUUUCAGUCUCCCCUAUAAGGCUCUCCGUGAUGUCAGAGGUAGACGUGUUUAUGAACUGUCUGCCUUGUUAACUGUCUGAUAAGCUCCGACUCAAAGGAAAAGAAGUGAAGGCUUUACAUUAUUAGCUCUAGACUGACUAGUCACCAAGUGUAUUUGUGGAGAUCUGCUCUCAGAGGUAGAAAAGAGGCCCUUCCAACCAAUUUCUGUACUCUCGUUUCAGCGGUUCACAGGAAAAACACCAUCACUUCAUACAAAAACUCAUAAUGUUUGUUUUUUACAUUUUUUUUAAAUAGAAAAAGUCACAUAAUUGUUGUCGGGAAGCUGUUGUGAGUUUAUUCCAGGAAAUUCUAGCUGUAACACAUUUUUGUCGCUCCAACUGUCAGAAAAUGGAAUUUAAAGAAUUAUAAUUACAGGUUGGAGGUGUUUUUUUUUCUGGAAUCCAAAUAAUUUUGGUCCAAAAUAUUUGCUCAUUGUUUUUGACUCACCUGAUCUUCACAACUUAAGUCUAAGUAUAGCUUUGAAAAGGUUUACUUUUGUGGUUUGAUGACUAUACUAGUUCUACAGACUUGGUUAAGGAUUACAUAGGUUAACAUCUAGAUUGAUGCAUAACUGAAACAAAGAGAAGUGGGACUUGAAAAUGAUUGCCUAGGCUUAUCUGAAUGGAUUUUAUUGUAAACCACUAUAUAUCCACGGUAUAUGUGUGUAGCCGUGAUCCCUGGCCCAAUCCAAAAAUCCUUCCUAAACCAGAGCUAGUGUGCCAUUCAAGCAGUCAAACCUCAUUAACAUAGAUAUUACAUUUGAUUACUUACUUAUUUAACAAGCAAACGUAUAACAUAAAUUAAUAUUCAGUUUAUCUGCAGUUAAUUGGAAUGAAACCUUCUACUGUUAUUAUUGUUGGUGACAAACUGCAUUAAAAUGUAAAAAUUGUACUUUUAUGUGUUCUCAUAGCUGAAGGUCAUAUUGCUUUGAUGUAAUAAAUAUUUUAUGCAUGUUUGUGCUUGGAACUAUUAAAUAUUAGCUCAGUGCCUCAGAGGCACAGCAAUAAAACCACCCAACAUAAGAAGGGCUAGACUAGAACAGUGGUACAUGGAAGGGAACGUUCUGAACAGAGGUGCAUACAAAAGUGCAUUCUGAUCACUUUUCCUUAGACUUAAAGGGACUUUACGGAGUUUUGAAUUUUUAUGCUUGCGAUUGCCCCCUCAGGCCAAAAGCGUAAUGGCAGCUUCGAUAGUAGGCUCGUGCACGAGGCGCGCAUGCUGUACGUGCACACUCCUUAACGAAAAUAACAGCUGAGACAGUCCCAUGUGUGUGUGUGUGUGUGGCCCAGAGGACAGAGAACAGGAGAACGUGCAGCUAAUUAAUUAAAUAAUUUGGUUCUGUACCUUUCUCUUCAGCACAGCCGACAAAGGUUUAAGAUGGGUCAGUCCUCCUGCAUGCUCAGAUCAUUCCCUUCCCUUGCUUGAAAAAUUGUUCCAUAAUGAAAGUUGAACCCACAUCUUUUUUAUCUGUGAAUUCAAUGCCGUUCGGCGAGUCUAAAAAAAAAUAGGGCGUCUUACUGUAAAAAAAAAUACCAUUAAUGUAAAAAAGAAACUCUAAAUGAACUGUUCACAUCCAGCGUCAAACCCAGGUCUUCUGCAUGAGAGUCAGACAUCUUACGAGGUGAGCUUCACUCUAGUAGCAUUCACAGUAUCUGUAACUUUUAUAUCCUUGAUGACACCUGAAACAACGUAAAACCAAAGAACGGUUCGAAGCGAAAAUGGCUAUUUUGUUGCUAAUUUGCUGGAAAUAUCUAGAAGAAAGUUCUACAGAAAGUUGCUAAGGGUCCUCAGAAAUGUAGCUCGGUUCAUCACUAGGUGCUAGGAACAGCGACAAAGUCUCUGAGUUGGUACUACCUCUCUCUGCUGCUAAAGCUACUGAUAGCAAACGCUACGGGCUAUGCUUGAGCGUGAACGCGCAUGAAGCAGCCUGCUCGACCCGAGCAUCUCUCUUUUUCUGUGAUUUUACAGAAAAACAGGCAAUCACAGUAAAAAUGCCAGGGCUCAUUCUACAGGACCAGGGCAUUGCAGGAGAAUGUAUGAAGAAGACAUUUAUUAUUUCUAUACAUGUUUUGGCUGUCAAACUUCCUUAUGGUCCCUUUAAAUCUGUGUGUAAUUUAAAAGAACUAAGUCUGACACCAAACCAAUCCCGACUCUCCACAUCUGAUGGCAGGGUGGCACACUAGAGUACUGGUUUUGCCAGUGUGGCUUCAAAUCCCUAAAAGAUUACUCAUGAAUAUUCAUACAUGUGAGAGAUGUGCAGUUGCCUAACAACAUAAUGUGCAUGGACGUAUUUUCUUCAUUAUUUUGUUUAUUUGCGACAAGAGGAAAAUGGAUUAACAAAAAGCAGCCCUCUCAAUUAAGUGGAAGUCACAGGCGAUGCAGACUGCACUGCUGAUGACCUCAUGUUUUUCCAAGGCAACAAGCAGACUGGAAACACUUUGCACUGCUUUGCACGGGACCAGGCAUUCAGCUUGUCUGAGAUAACCAGGUCAUUUGCAUUCCUCUGCUUGGCUUGUUUUAACAUGGGCAGCAUUCGGUUCAGCAGUUCCAUUUCUCCUUAAAACAUGUGGUUUGGUAUCAGCUGCAGAUAAUUCCUGCCUGUGGAGCCGUAUCUGAAGUGGUCAAUCAAAGCUGCAGCAGAAGUUGAGCUUGUCCUGAAGUGUUUCAGACUUCAGAUAAGUCAGGAUUUCUCCUGUGUGCAACCAGUGUUAACUUUUUAAGCAGUUUAGUCAUGCAUGAUUUGUAUUAAUGAUGCAAAAUAGUGUUUCUCUGCAUUGCCGGGGGAGUGCAUGGUUUUAUUUUGGACAGGCCACGAUGUGCUGCUUCUCUUUGUACUUUUAACUUGGCAGUCCGCAGCACAGCAGCUUUAUUAUAGAGGGAUUUUGGGUGGGAGGAAGCGAUGGUAAGAGGAAGCGCGAUUCACAUGCCAAACACGGCAAGGCUGAAAACCCAAAGUACAGCCAGACACAGCAGAGGAAGCAGAUGCUUUGUCUUAAUUCAUAUUUGUGUAGUGAGUGUAAUACCUCCCCGCUACACUCCCUUUACACCAUGAACCCUCUGAUUUGUCACAGAGCGUAAACGGCUUUCUCUAGUGGUCAGCUCAUGCUUGCCAGCUCAUCGGUUUCUCCCAGAGAGGUUCAGCAUGGGAACUGGUGCUUUGGUGUGGACUGUAGAGCAAAAACUCAACAACAUGAGCUCAGGACUGACUCAUGGAAAGCUUAAAAUCUCCUCAGUUGUCCUCACCCCUCUCCACCAGUGACCAUGUUCAGGAUAACAUAAGCCCAGAUUAUUACAGCGUUUAUGAUGAGCCACCGGACGGGGAGGGAGAGCGUCCGGUGAGCCUGGUGUCCACCCUGUCCUCUGGUUCAUCUCACGAUAGUCAAAGUCUAUUUGGAAGUACAGUGACCCUUCUAUCCUCCACCACACCUCCCAUACCCAGCGAGGAGGACAUAGACCUAGAACUGAGUCCAGCAGAAAGCAACAAGAAGCAGGUCGGUAAUCGGAGUACCCCCGUCAUGGGUCGCUGGCGGCAACAGCUGGAGGCAGAUGUGGUCAACAACCAGUGGAACAACAAUGACGCUACUGCCUGCAGGACAGCGGGUGGUACAUUAUCUCACAUCAUCUCCUCUCCCGUUGUCACGGAUACAAUGGCACCCAACCCAAAACUGACCUAUGUGGACCGCGUUGUCAUGGAGAUCAUUGAGACGGAGCGCAUGUACGUGAAAGACCUGAGCAGCAUCGUAGAGGACUAUUUGGCUCACGUUAUCGAUGCGGGGAAACUGCCCAUACGGCCUGAGCAGGUGUGUGCCCUGUUUGGAAACAUAGAAGACAUCUAUGAGUUCAAUAGCGAGCUGCUGCAGUGCUUGGACAUGUGUGAGAACGACCCCGUGGCCAUUGCUCAGUGUUUUGUAAAUAAAAGUGAAUAUUUUGAAAUCUACACCCAAUACUGCAACAACUACCCCAAUUCUGUGGCAACGCUAACCGACUGCAUGAGGAUUGAAACUUUGGCAAAGUUCUUCCAGGAUCAGCAGGCGGCUCUGAAACACUCUCUUCCGUUAGGUUCCUACCUCCUAAAACCCGUUCAGAGGAUCCUGAAGUAUCACCUGCUCCUUCAGGAAAUUGCUAAACACUUUGACCCGGAUGAGGAGGGCUAUGAGGUGGUUCAGGAGGCCAUAGACACCAUGACAAGUGUGGCCUGGUACAUCAACGAUAUGAAGAGGAAACAUGAACACGCCGUCAGAGUGCAGGAGAUUCAGUCUCUUCUGAUCAACUGGAAGGGUCCUGACCUGACCACCUACGGUGAGCUGGUUCUGGAAGGCACCUUUCCUGUUCUGAGGGCGAAGAACACCCGCACGCUCUUCCUCUUUGAGAGAAUGCUCCUCAUCACCAAGAAACGAGGGGAAAACUACAUCUACAAAAUCCACAUUUCUUGUUCCACCUUAAUGCUGCUUGAGAAUGCCAAGGAUCCUCUUCUCUUCAGUGUUAUCCACUUCAAACGACCCAAACAGCCUCACACGGUGCAGGCAAGGUCUGUGGAGGAGAAGCGGCUCUGGGCGCAUCACAUUAAGAGGCUCAUACUUGAGAAUCACAACACCAUCUUACCACAGCAGGCAAAGGACGCCACUGUGGACAAUUCAAGCCAUGCGGGGAAGUACCAGUAUAGUCCUGAGAGGAUGAUGAAAGCCGAGCACUGCCACACUGACAGCUUCCAUCUCAGAGGACGAAACGAGAGGAGGAGAUCCGAACCAGGAAAACAAAUCAUAAAGACCACAGAAGCUGUUCUAAAGCAUGCUGACAGUGAUGGUGCACUGCUGGGAGACGGGUGCUCCCUCCAGCCUGCCAGUAGUAUCAGUACACUCGCCUCCAGUCUGGGUGAGCCUGAGGGUGAGGGGUCAAGUGUGGAUGAUCUAACAACCAGAGGUGACUCUCAGGAGCAGCUAAGUCCAACUGAGAGUGCCCCUAACCUGAAAUCAUUGCCCAGUGAGGAGGAAGUGUUGGAGAAGCAGGAAGAUGUACUGAUGGGAGGCGACCAGGUAGCCGACUUUGCCAGCUCAGUGCUAGCAGCCAUCUCCUGCUGGCACUAUAGAGCCAGGGCUUUGCUUUCUGCUCAUUUCACAACGGAGGAUCAGAUCAGUGGUGUUGAGCUAAAAACUCCAGCGGAGGAGUUGGAAACUUGCAGGCAGGAGGAAAACGGCGAGCUUGUGGCGGUGAAAGAAACUCUCGUUACACAGGCCAGUAUGCAGGAGGUGUGCCAUCAAGGAGAAAGGAGUAUCCUGCUGGAUGUGAAUGGCACCCAGUGUCCUGAGUCUCCGACGUCCCACCACAUAGAAGAACCCCAAACUCCAGAAUGUCUGGAAACCUCUGGAGAAACAGGAGAAGAAGAGGGAGGGAGCGACUCCUCUGGUCUCCAAGUGGAGGAGACGACCGUGUCCGUUAAUAGUGAGCUGUCAGAGGAGGACGAGGAGAUGCUUUCAGGUCGUAAAAGCAUCCUGCCUUCGUCCGUGUUGGACCAGGCAGGCGUGCUAGCCGAGCGCUUCAUCAGCAGCCUGUCCAGAUGGAGCAGUCUAGUGUCUGAGGACCUCGGUUCCCCCACUUGUCCUUCUCUGCCUGUAGAUAACGAGGUCUUCCAAAGCCCCUCGGCUUGUGUUUUGGAUAAGCUGACCCAAAUGGUGGCUAGCCCCUCAACAGAACCACAUGUAACCUCAGAACACGCGUCAUGUUCUGUGUUCUCAUCCGAUCCACGUGAAGGGGAGCGCGUGUCCACCCUCUCCAAAAAAGAUCGCCUCCUCAUCCACAAAAUCAAACAAUACUAUGAGCAGGCGGAGCACCAAGACGCUAGCUUCAGCGUCAAGCGCAGGGAAAGUCUGUCCUACAUUCCAGCCGGUCUGGUGAGGCAGCUGAGUCGGAAGAUCAACGAUAUUCCUCAGGAGAAGGUCGGCCCAGUCCACAGGAAAGGCCUCUGUCGAAACAGGCCCACGUCCUGGUCUGUGUUUAACCUUCCUGGGUUAGAAAACGGUCACAAACCACAGAGCCCGGUGGCUGCGUCUCAUGGUGUCGCAGCAGAAAAAGAGUUUAGGUCAUCGGCCAACAUGCUGAAGGUUUGGGAAGUCAUGGAAAUGGAGGACGAGAGCGUGGAAGAGAAAGUGAACGACUCAAAUUUAGAAUUUAUUCAGGAUAACGGCUCGGAAAUUUCAGAUGCUGAAAUCAAAAAGCAGCCAUCUUUGAUUUUAGAAGAGUCUGAAAUGAGCUCUGCCUCUGAAGGCGCCUCAGUGUUGUCACCUAACACGAGCUCCUUGAUGGUGGAGGGGGGAUCUGAUCGGGACUCUAAUCAGGAAGAUGGACACUUUAGCCCCGCCCUUUUACCCAAGAUCAUUCGAUUCAGAACCAGCAUAGAUGAAGACCAGAUCCUACAAGACAUCGGAAAGAUGAAGAACAAGGUGUUCCAGUUAGCCCGUCAGUACAGCCAGCGCCUUAAAAACAGGCCCUUAGUCUGGCCUCGGAGCCGUCACACAGCCAAUCAGGAAAGCCUCCAGGACAUCCCAGGUGUCCACGAGGAAAAGAUGAGGGAAAUGGAUAAUCUCAACCUGAGAGAACCGAUGAAUAAACAGGAAGUCAUUGAUGAAGUGCAUCCUCCAAGUCCUGUCCAGAUUCCCAGCUCCCAGUCCACCACGAGCUCCGACUCCGAGAGCUUCCACUGGCCUGACGUUCAGGAGCUGCGCUCCAAAUACGCAGACCGCUCUCUAAAACCCACGUGUGUGUGUGCGGUCCCAAACAGAACCAGGUGUAACGGCUGCUCUCAGAAGUACAGCAGCUCCUCAGACCUCCACAGAGUUCAGACAGACGGCUGCAGGAAGCAGCUAGACGGGCAUUUUCUGUUGGAGGGUGGGCCUCCGCACCACACACGUUCCCUGCUGUGCAGGUGGAGCUCCUUGGACCACGUAUUUGGCUCGCUGUCCCUCCAUGAAGUCCAGAACUUCCAGGAACCUGUGCGGACUUGCCUUCCACUUUCCAGAGUCCACAGUGAGGGCAGUCCCCUCCAGGAGGGACCUAACGGCACCAAGUCCUCCGAAAGUUUUCGUGUGAAAAAUUUACGGGAGAAGUUUCAAAGUUUAAGCACGAGCUGAUGAACGUGUCUUCAUAUCAGGAAAUCACACAUCUGGAAACAUCUGCCUGUUACCUGAUACUUUCAUCUGUUAUACUCCCUUUAACUGACUGCAUGGUGUUUUUAGCACAGGGGGUUGUGGGUAAUGAUGUCGGCAUUGGUGUAACCUAAAAAAGAAAUGUUUAUGGGGAGAUUUCCAUGAAAGAAUACUGUUUUAUAAAUAACGUAAUGCACAUUUACAGUUUAAACAUGAAUUCUCCUGUUCUUCAUCCUUCCAUCCGCGUGCGUCAUCUUCAUCCUCGCUGCUCUCAGCGUCUGUGAUCGCACACCAAAGAUACGCCGAUCAGCGUUUGCUGGCUUUUAAGGCACAAAAACAAAAGGAAACUGUUUCUACAUUUACCUAAGCUGCUUGUAAAACACUUUAAAACAUCACUGGAGCGUUUUUUGUGUCAGGAAGUUGUAUAUUUUCAUAAAUUAUUUAUAAGUCUCCACGUUUGGUUAGAUUUACAGUGUAAAUACUGGAUUCACAGCCACUCGUUUUUACAUUUUAGCUGCAGAAUUGUUUCAUAUGUGCAGAUUCUCAUAUUUUCAAUAAAAAAAUGUAAACGCCAAGUUCCACAA